GCCAGUUGUACUGCGCAUCCCUGUCUACGUUUCUUUUUAAGUUUUUGCAUUAACCUCGUCGGUGCCGUAAGGGGACGGUUCUCUGCAUGCCUACUACUCGUGCUGCUGGGUCAUCUGGGCUUGACUGUGGGCAUGCAGCAUGUGUGAAACCAUGGGCAAAAGACAGGAACAGAGGGGAGAGAGAGAAGUAUGUGAGCUCUCCACUGCAGUAUUGAUGACCCAAUGAUCCCCUGCAGAACAGAGCCAGUCAAGCAGACAGAGUGAGGCUCAACUCAGAAUCAAAAUCAGAAUCAGCGCUACAACUAUUCGGUGUUUGAAUAUUCCUGCCAGUUGUUUAAGGGAAGCUACCGUGAAAGAACACUAAUUUACAAACACAGCAGAAAGACAAGAUCCUUCUUUUUCCCCUCUUAAUACCAGCAAGACUGUCUCCUGAAUGAGUGGCUUGUCAGAUCACCUACAUUCAGGCCGAUCUGGGGCUCCAGUGGGCUGUGGUGGGACAAGAGCAGAGGAAAAAGGGUGUAUAGGGAGGCUUGAGGGACUGGAAGGGCCUGAGCUCUGGACCAGGGAGCUGGGGUUCCAGGAGGGGUCCCAGGAUCCCUCUGACAAUGAACUGGCCUUAGUGAGCUCAGACCACUUUUCCCCCUCCUCUCCUUCCACCCUGUCCAACGGCCUCCAUCUGCAGGGCAGACUGGGGCACAACACCUGCAGGCGGAGGCAAACGGAGACUCCUGCUGAGACCCUCACAUUCGCAGAGACGCUCAUAAACAUGCAAACGCACAUGGACCCAGAUAUGCAUGCACAGGCACACAUGGAUAACUGUGGACACAUGGAUGUUAACUCACACCUUGAGCAUCCCAGAACUCUUACACCAGAGGCCAUACACACAACCUCACCCCAGCCCCUACCUCUGGCACUUGGCAAUCAUCCUGUCCCCAACAAUCAGCUGGCAGCCCCAGUCCUCACUGCAGAGACAGACAUGCCCUCGACCUUUUGUCCCGUCCCCAUUGGUCCAAAUCCAAACACAGGCUCCUCCUCUCUUCCUGUAGAGGCAGAGAAGAAGUAUGCACUACGCAGUUCUGGACGUCCCCGUUUCCCUUGUCACCUGCGAAAAUCCUCCCGCCUACGUCGAAGCAUAGAUGAUGGGGAGAAGAGAACAGGAAAAGAGAGAGGAGCAGAGGAGGAGGAUGAAGUAACAGAGGAGAAGAUUUGGAGUGUGAAAGAGGAGGAAGUGGCUGUUGUUGAAAAAGAAGAGCGCCCGGCUGUAGAAGUCGUACUCCCCCCAGCUCCCUGCCCCAUAGACAUCCCUCUUGCUUUAACUGUACCUAAACCUGUUCCUAAAUCUGUAGCUAAACCUGGGCCCAGACUUGGACAUAAACCUGGCCCAAAGUCCAGGUCUAGACCCUCACCAAAGUCUGUCCAACGUGCAGCUCCAAAAAGUAUCAUGAAGCAACGAGCGGCGGCCCAGUCCCUCGCUCAGCGAGCUACCCCUCAUCUCCCAUUUCCAAACACGCCCACCAUCCGUGCACCUCCACUCAGUCUGAAGAAAGAACCUGUCACUGAGACUGAAGUAAUGCCCCUCAAUAACCGCAGGCGUGGACGCUUUGUUGGUGUCAGGAAGAUUGUUGUCAAGGUGGCUCGCAUUCCCGUCAGUCUUAGCCGUCGACAGAAGAGCUACAAGAUAUCCAACUUGGAAACGGUUACAGGUGUAGAGAAAGGCAAUGAAGGCAGUGUGGAAGGAUCAGAUGCAGCUCGAGAGCCAACUGCACUUCUACGCAUGAAGAAUAAUGGCAAGAGUGUUAUGGUGAUGUUUCCUCCUGGAGAGCUGCCUGUUAUUCUCAAGCGCAGGCGGGGACGACCACCUAAACAAGCUGUGCCAGGAAUACCGGGAGAGCCUCCAAACCCUGGAAAUGCUGCCGGUAGUGGAGAUCAGAUCAAGAAGCCUCGUAGGCGCCGUCGGACUAAACUCCCUUGUCCUUAUCCUUCUUAUGUUAAUGAUACUAAUGAUGUGAAAACAGAAUAUGGGGACGUUUUAUCCAAAUUGGCCUUUUUAAACCGCCAGCCCCCUGCCACUGGCCGCUGCUCUCCUCCUCGCUGCUGGACACCCAGUGAGCCAGAGAGCUUUCAUACCCCUUUGGAAAAUCCUGGAAUAUCCACCUUGCUGCACCGGCUCACUGGAUUUAGACGCCCCCGAGGUGGCAGAGGAGGAGGCCUUGGAAGAGGUGGAGGUGCAGCAGGGGGAAUUGGAGGAAGUGAGCGCAAUAAAAGCACUUUCAGUGAUUUCUUUGAAUCCAUUGGCAAGAAGCGGAAACUGAGCCCCUCGUCUGAGCAUGGAUUACCUAGAAAAAGAGGCAAGGGUGUAGGUGGAGUUGGUAGGGGAGGUGGUAUCGCAGGAACUGAGCCUGGUGGAGAGAAAAUCAGGAGGAGACGUAUGAAAAAAAAUGGGGCAUUUAAAGGGGAGGGGGUGUCCAUGGGGCAGGACUGGCUUAAUGGGGCAGGUGAGUGGGGGGAGGAGGGAGGGAUGGAGAAGGUGAAAGGUAUGGGUGGGUAUCAGCUCUGUGGGUCUCCAAGGGGUGGCUUUUCCUCCUGUGAAGUUGGAAGAGGGGGUGCCUACAGUAGCCCAGGAGGAAGCAGAGGUCCAGCUGGGGAGGACUCACAGGGUCUGUUCGCUGGGUAUUUUCGAUCAUUGCUCGACUCAGAUGAUUCGUCUGACUUGUUAGACAUCUCGUCCUCCCGGUCAGACCAUGGCAAAGGUCCAUCCAACCCCAGUUAUGAGCCAUCCAGCCCCGCUGCAGGACACAACUGGUCUCCUGCUUUCCCCAAAUGGAGUUCCAAAGGUGGAAGUUCAGGAGGGGACGGCUCAUCGCAGACUCACUGCUCCUCAGCCAGGCCUCCUUACAGCUAUGGCAGCCUGGCUCAAACCUCCCCCACCACAUCCACCUACCCCAAAUCCACUCCUCCAUCUCUCUCACACUCCCCCAGCUCCCCCCAUCCUGCCUCGUACACUCACUUCCCCUCCGGGUACUCAUCCUCUUCUCCUGCAGGAGUCUCACAGAGAUCAUCAGACUGCAGCUUCGCAUAUGGGUCUGGACACAACAGUGGCAAGAGCACCCCUACAGGUCAAAUGGGUUAUUCUAACUACCAGACAGGAGCCAAGCGCGGCUAUAGUGGAUAUCAUUCCUCCAUGGUGCGGGGAGACUCAUCUGGUCCCACCUCUCCAGGAGGAGGCUACAUGGCUGUGGCCAAAGGUGGCCCUUUCAGCUCCUCUUCUCCUGACGGUUUUAAACAGUACAACCCCAACCAGUGGAGCUACAGACAAGGUUAUGGUGGCUGGUCAUCAGAUGGCUUUGGGCCUCAGUAUCAUGGCUACAGUGAGUAUGGCUCCAAUGAGUCCAAAGACAUCUUGGAUAUUUCAAACUACACCCCCCAGAAGGCCAAGCGACCACCUUUUCCUGAAAGCCUUUCUGAAUCCUCCUCUGACUCCUCUCAUCUUGGCUCUGCAGCCAGCGGUAUUGGACCGAUCGCCACAGGUGGCCCUUACAAACAGAGUGAGGCUCCUCCUGCUGGUGGAGAGGGGGGUCAGUCAAGUUUGUCAAGUCUGGAGAAAUUAAUGAUGGACUGGCAUGAGAGUGCUUCAGGACCUUCUUAUAACUGGAGUCAGAAUGUCCUUUUCCAAGGGGGGGGUACAAGCAAGCCUGGACGUGGGCGCAGAAAACGAACUGAGCUACAAUUAGAUAAAGAAGGGGGUUCUGGUUUACACUCAGAUUCCCCAUCCAGUCCCUCCCCAACACCUACUCCUGGACCUAAAAGGGGAGGGGUAGGGCGGGCCAGAGGGUGUAGAGGAGGCAGAGGGGGUUUGUCUCCGUGUCAAAGAGAACGGCCAUCAGGGGCCAAAGGAAGGGGGAAGGCACAGUCAGCUCCAGCAGGAGCAGGACCUGGGACUGCUGCAGGCCCAGAGGGCUCUGCGCUGUUCCAGGAGGGGCUGGACUAUUACAGUGGGGACAGUAGCAGCCUCUCUCCCCUGGCCACCCCUAAUCCUGCUCCACCUGCCAGCUACCUCCAGGAUCCCUGUGAGUACGCGUCCCCGUAUUCUGCCCACCCCUCUACACCGUCCUCUGAGGAGCGAUAUCCAGCUUUGUACCCUGGAGAAUCUUCUUCUUCGCUUUCACCCAGUGUCUCAUCUCCCCCUUAUCCUCCAAAACCCACCCCUCCACCGCCCCAGUCUUAUCACCCCGUCCCCUCCAGGACCUUCUCCCCCUCUUGUUCUCCAUCACCACGGGUGACACCCCACUGUGGCACAGCGCUGAGCCCCUCACAUCGCCCUCCUCCAAAAGACACACAGUUCUCCCAGUAUGACUCCCCCAGCUACUGCAGCUCCCCCUACUGGUACGGACAGACGUCACACAGUGGCAGCCCGAGCCCGCACUCACACAGUGCACAUUCAAAUGCAGCCAUGCACACACACAGCAACCCUCACACGAGUCCACAUGGAAAUACACAUCCACUUACUAGUGUAAACACACACAUACACAUGAACCCGACACACCAUGACACACUCCAUCACAGCACACAAUCACUCACAAACCUGAGCUCACACAUCAGCACAAACCCCAGUUUACACCUCCAGAGUAAUACGCUCUCCCACUCCAUCACCCACACCAGCAGUCAGCCCCACAACACACACACCAACCCCAGCACUCACCUCUCCCCCCAUACACACACCAACACCAACCCCAGCAUCCACUCCCACUCAACACCAGUGCUCUAUGAGGAGCGUAGCCCUCCUUCUGCCAUGACCCCCCACAAGAGGGAUCUGACCCCACACACCAUGAGCACAGGCCACCGCCAGGGCCCCCUGCCUCACUCCCCGUACCCCAAGCCCUCCUUGGACUCAUCACCCCAUCAGGAGGACACAAGUGGCUACUCCUUGUCCCAGCAAUCCUACCAAGGCAUGGGACACCGCUACCCCUCCCAAGCGCCUCAGGGGAGCGGGGUGUUGUGCCAGCUUCUGGAUCAAGCCAAUGAUGACAGCUUCAGUGUCACCAGCCUGUAACAGCAGGUACAUUCAAUCCAAGCUUUUACAGAUUUGCAAACAUUUUUUUCUUUUUGUUUUUUAAGAGGACUUCUUUGUGAGAGACUGUGAAAUGAGGGGUGAGAAUUUAGCUGCCAGCUUUGGACAGUAAAGCUUUAAUUCUCCAGCAUUGACAAUCAAACUCAACUGCAUCUUUAACACUUGAGCAUGUACACACACAUGCACAUGAACAUGCACAUACAGACACACACACACACACACACACACACACACACACGCACACACACGCAUGCGCAGAUGAAUCCACUACCUGAACAUGGACACAUGAAAUCCUAUGUGUACACUACACUUACAGUCUAAGCUGGAAACAAGGGAACGGCCAAGAAGAGAUAACAGACAAACACCAGAUGCUGAUGGAUCGAGACAAAUCUCUUGCCUCACCAUUUUGAGUCCUGCUGUGAUAUGUAGAGGACUCCCGUUUCCCAGAAGUCCGUUCCUCACCAAAUUUUACCAGUCCUGUCCUGUACAUUUGCAAAAUGAACAAACAAAAAUCACAACACUGCGUUCUCUGUGUUUCUUUCCUCUAUCGGCCUCACCUUCUGUCUGCUAACCCAGCGACCAUGCACCGGCUCCACUCAGUAACCCUGCAUUAUCUGUCUUGUGCCCCGACCCUGAACCACAUCUGAGCCCAAAAUUAAUCAUACAAGCACCAUGAGCCCAGUCCUGCUCUGUACACUCCUUGUGUUGUGUCCCAUGGCAGCAAAGUGGACUCAACCACGGUCUGCUCUUUCUUGAAAUACCAGCAUCUGUACAUACGACUCAAGCUCCGAAGCCAGGGGCCCCCCUCUUUCACUCUGAAGGGCCCGUCAUCGCCAACAUGCCCUCCACAGCGUUCAGCCAUGGUUUUCUCUGCUUUUGGGGGAGGGGGGACGACGACUGCAGCAUGGAGACUCAACAUCCUGUGUUUCGCUGUUUUAACUACAAGGGAAAAAGACAUUGAAAUCACUUAAUGACCCCAAAGAGACUCUUGUUUUCUGUGUGGGAAAAUAGAGGGUGUGCUUGCGUGACUGCAUGUAUUUGUGCGUGUGUGUGCAUAUGUGUGUGUUUGUGUGCGUGCCUGUGGGGUCAAAAGGAUUGAAGCUCCCCAGACUCUGACGUCUUGGCAGGGCUUCUCUCCAUCUUUCACUCUCUCCCUUCUUUUUUCUGUGGUCUUGUGUUGUUUAGUGGUUUUUGUGAUUAAAAAAAAUUGUAUAUCUGUCUGUUACAUAUCAUGUAUGUAUCUGAGGUGCAAAAUAUUUAAAUACACAUUCUGU